UUCUUUUUCUUUUUGCUUUCAAUUUUAGAUUGAUUUUUGACUAUGUGUCCAGUAAGUAAAAUAGUAACAUAGAACACCCUAAAAGUGCGGCGAUAAUCGCGAUAAUCAUUUUUUAUGCAAGUGCUAUUGGUGAAGCAAGCUUACACCAGAAAAAAUAAAAAUAGAUGCUUAACAAUUUGCAACUUUCUUGAAAACGCAACAGGAUUUGAUAGCACAAUUUUCUCAGCUGACUGUUGGCGCUACUGCUUUCAGUACAGUACAAAGAAGCAGCGACAACGUAGUCGACGAGGUGCAGGUGCUUAACAUCGACAAUUUUAGUUCGGACAAGGAAGGGUAUCGACAUUAUAUACAGCAGUUUACAUCUUAUGUAAAUAUUAGUAAGGAGACGGCACCAAAAUUGACACAAGACCUGCAAUACGACGAAUGGUUGAAGCUUCUGAUAGGUUUUGUAGCAAUACUUCGCCCUGAUAUCUAUGGUUGUAAAUUUUUUCAGGAUUCAAAACCAUUGCUGACGUAUUUUUAACGCCACGAUUUAUCGACGAAAAUACCAUUUGAGCAAAACUGCUUCAAUGGGAUUCGCCUAAAUUUGAAGAAAUUUGCGUUAAAGGUCUUGAUGCUUGAGGGGGCGAAGUUAGAUGCGAAAAACCUGUCGCAGGCUACGAAAAGUUCACCCAGUGGAGCGAUAAACAACAUUUUCAACAGAAAAUACCAAAUCGUCUAAAGCUUCACACAAAACUAAAGGUAGUUAUGAGCAAGUAGGCAUUGCUGCAACAGAGUGUCACUCCAGUUCAGAGUUAAAGUAUAAUUUAUGUGCAAAGUACCAAAAGUAUACAUUGCUUCUCAUUUGGAAUCGGGUGCUAACGCCUAAUAAUAAUAAAUCUAGUAAAUAAAAAAAUUCAACAAAUCGACUGAAGAGAAAUGACUCUGAUUAUGGCUUUUGAAAAUUGCUCCUAUUUACCGCAGAACUUGACCAAUCGUAUUACUAAUAAACCCCAAAUUGGAGAAUUAAUGGCCAAACUUACAUCUAUUUUUGAGCAAAAAAUUGGGUGUAUCCUUAACUUUAAAGCUUCUUUACAGUACACCGCGCCUAUUUACACCAAAGACCGUCAGAUUCUUAACGCAUUAGAAGAACGAGUUAACAAGGGGCUCGACGAAUUGGAAAAAGAAAGAAUUAUCACCACAGUGGGCAACAGUGAAUGCGUUUCACCGUUAGUGCCAAUUCCAAAGGCUACCAAAAGGCUUCAAGAAAUCGGAAUAUUUCUGCCGCCUUGAUCUUUACAAGCCUUAUUUAUUUACGAAAUUCCAAAGACAGAAUGUUUCGACAACAUCACGUACAAGUAAGACCUUCACUUAAAGCUUUUAAGAUGUGUAUUCUAUCAAAAACAAUUAGAAAUUUUGGGUCAUCGAGAGAGGUAGAACAAAGUCCAAAAAUCUGUUUCUAAAGUAAAGACAAUCGUCGAGAUGUCACAACGUCGAUUUCUUGGCGAUUUCUUACGCCAAUUAUUACGUAAAAAUCUUAUAUUGAAAUGAAACUAUUGCUUUAGUCCUCUCUAUUAUAUUCUAAGUUAUUUUACUUCGUAAUCCUAUAUUAUGUAUAUCAGGAACGUAAAUCGGGAUUAAUGCUGGUCUCACGAUGCUUCCUUGCGGUACUUCAUAGUGAACACUUUUCGUGGUACUUUUGCUAGAGCUCCCUUCCACUUAGGCCAUAAAAAAAGUUUUUUAAUUAAACUGUUAUGCUCCACCAAAUCAAAUAUCUCUGCAAAAUUAUAAAACAUGGAACCUACACCAGAGGUGUGUAACCAUUCGUAGAUGUGGUCCACAGCCUUUUCUAACACCAUUUUGAUUUUCUGUCAGUCAAUUUUUAUUGUACAGGAAUGUUACAUACUGAGUAUGCAAUCAAUUGUCGGCAAGAUAGAUAUUGGUCGGUAAGUUUCCAUCAUAUCUACUUGAGAAUGUUUUGAUAGCGAUAUAAUUUUCUACACCUUAAGUAUGUCGAGAAAAGUAAUGUUGCUUAUCGCUUCAUUGAAGAUGUAGACUACUUAAGAUACCAGUUCUCUGGAAUAUUCAAAUAUUAAAUUUUAUUUUGUCUUAUUAAAGUCACAGUGAGCAUACAAGGUUUCUUAAAAAUCUUUCAUUCCAUACUAAUAACAAUACAAACGAUAGCUUGUCAGACAGGUUGUAUAUUAUUAUAUCAGUUAUAAUUUUGUUGUGCAUGCUAUUGAAGGCCUAUAGAAAUCCCACCUUUAGCUUGCGUUACAAACGAGUGACAGCUUUUGAAAUCAUAGUAUUCCACAACAAUGACAUUGAUGUUUCUGAGACAUUUAUAUUUGAGUCACAGCCAAAUAUAGCAGGGACCUGACCAAAAGGUACCAAUAUAUACUCGACAUAAUUAUGAAGCUUCCUGGCAGUACACAUAUAUAUGAUAAAACACUACUUUCAAGGGUAUUCCAGAGCGCAUGCAGCUAUUAAGCGUAAUUACUACUGCUUCAAUACAGUUAACACUUUCGCAUACAUCACCCGAGCCACUAAUCCGUUUCUCCAAUAUAUAAAGACGUCCCAUCGUAUCCAUCAUCUCUACAACAGCGAUUGUUAUGAAACUAUGUUUAUUAUGUUCAAAGAAUUGAAGACAAUGUAGGCAAUGUUAUUACUAUUAAAGCUUUAAACCUGUUGAAUCACAAAGGUUGGUUUGUUUGAGUACAAUUGAAACGAAUGUUAGGAUUUCAAAUAAUUAUUCAUACGGCACUAGAAAGUAUGAAUAGAUCAAACUAUAUAAUUACGAUUAGGUUGGUGAAUUAACCGCAGAAUUGCCAAUUACAUCUGUCCCACUCUCUUCCACAAUCUCUCAUGGACUUGCAGUCUGUUCAACAUUUUCACGAAUAUGUUGUAACGUGGUUAAUUUAUAGCUGCGGUUUCGCUCAGGGUUUUUCAGCGGUCCGUUCCAAGUAAUUUACUCGUUGAAUUAACGGAACCUACGUAUUUUGUUGUAAGAUCGAAUAUAUAUAUGGAAUCCAAGAAGCGUACAAGAUGGCCUUAUUUGCGACGUAGCUUCGUGGUGAAAAAAAAAAAUAAAAAACACGUAUUAAGUAAGCAGCCUUGUUUUCUUUUUACCGAGGAAAACUGUGUUGCGAAAAUAAAACUGUUACGUGUGUGCUCUGUUAAUUAAUCUUCUUAGUGGUUCAGCAGGCAGUUUACCGGAUCUCUAAAGGUAAAAGUUUCCUAUGGUGCGCUUUCGUGCCGGGAGUCUGUAAGAUAAUGAUACACACUGUUAUCUUAAGGACCUCAAAGGUACCCAGCAUUGUUUACUGACUACAAUUAUGAAGUUGGUACAAAAAAAAUGAGCAAAAUGUUAAUGUUGAUUACAUGUCGAGCCCUCUUUAAACCCAGGUAUGACCUCUAUCAAUUUUAUGAAUAAAAAAAUACGCGCUACCUGCGAUUCUGCCCUGUUGCAAAUAUAUUAAUUACAAUUAAAAUUCAAAUCAACGCGUGGUGCUACAAAAAGAGAUACUCAACUUUCAAAAAUUGUAAAAAAAUUGUGUGGUUCAAAAGUUGCUGAUUCGAAAUAUACCAUUGAUUCUGAGAUUUUGUUCAAAAAAAAAGGGCUGUAGUCCCAAGUUCGCUUCAAUAAGCAGUACUUUAUUUUACUCACACGGGUAUAGCCAAGAUAAGAUAACUGGCGAACAGGCACGUAUUCUGGUCUUCAAUAAUAGGGAUAUCCUUCAUGUGUUGCUUGCACCUCUGUUCAGAAUAAUCCCCAAAAAGCAACUUCACAAUCGUGGGAGGAAAGUCAACAAAAUUAGCAGCGUAUUCACAUUGACUAAAUGGGUUCAACUGGAUGUGUGUUCCUCUGCACCACCAUCAACAUCAACAUUCGAAACGUUAUUCAGCAUAUUUGCUAAAAAUGGAUAACCAGAUGUUAUCGGUUACUGCAACUAUAUUUAAAAGAAAGGGGAGUCUUACAAUUCUUUGCCCGAAUUGCCUAAUUUUCCAAUAAGCUAUUACUCCCGGGCAUCCAGUACCAAAUAGCUUGGUCGAAAGCAAUGUCCAGACCUUAAAAAAGCACCUGGUGGCGAUGCCAAACAAUUCACCACCUAUAUCCAAAAACUUCGACAGCUACUUUUUCGAUAUAGACCAAUACCGGCACAAAAUACAAAAUGGCCUUUCAAACUGUACUUGGGAGGGUCGAAUAGAAUCCAACUAGAUACCUUAAAACUACUAUUCCUGAUGUAGAGAUCGGAAAAUUAAGCGAAGGAAGCCGUGUUCAAGCCAAAUAUUGCCCCGCAAAUAGGCCUUCGUAGAAGCUUGGUGCCAUCACUAAAAAGCUUGGUCGACUUCAUAUUCAAACGCCACAUAAAUCAGUUAAGCCUCACUAGUUAUUAUGUGUUCGCGUUAAUUUUGAUAGUGUUAUCACUUGAAGACGACAUUUAUUGAGAAAAAUGGAUGCAAUAUACAUUGAUCAAAAUAUUUUCCAUAAUUUUUAACAACAUUUCACCAUAUUUGUAGCAACAUAGCGAUAUCCUGACAAAAAAACUUAUAUUGGUUUAGCGGCAAUCCAAUCAUCGUCCCAUUUUCGUAAUUCUUCAACUUUACGGACCACAGUGUCAGUCAAGCCGUCUUGCGCUGAUCUGAACAAGUGAUAAUCAGAGGGCGCCAUGUCUGGCGAAUGAUGAAACAGUAUCACGAUAAGCUUCUAAACAUGUUUAGUGGGCUUCGGCAGUAAAUUUCUUCAAAUUAAACAACAAAAGUAAUCAAGGCCAAAAAUGCAAUUUUGAGUGGUCCAUGAUUAGCGUCGGCUAACGCUAAAUAAGUCAAUAUUAUUAGAUUCAAAAUUGCUAUGUUAGGCAGAAAAAGGUCUACAUUAUCGAAUUUAAUCGUUAUAUACACUGGUAUUUCGCAUUUCCAUUUGAUUUUUACCUGUAGAAGUAGCUUAUCAAAAUUAACGCAAACACUUAAUACAAAUGCCUGAUUAAUCAACAAGCCGACACCCCGAUC